AUGAAAGGAGAUCUAAGGCGUCAGGUGAAGGUAGGGGUUAAUGUGGCGAAGAUCGCCAUACAGCGACUCGUUUCAGAUAUCGCCAAAAGCACAGGACCCGUUGACGAGGUGAGGAACAGUAAUCUCGCGUUAGAAAGGGAAGUCCUCAAGAUGAGGAGGGAGAUGGAUACCCUGAGGAGGGAGAGAACCGCAUUGAAAGACCAAGUGGAAACUCUAACACGAACGGUGCAGGAACUCAGAGAGAGGGAAGAACGAAGAGGACUAGGACAAGGAGGUACAAAUCCCCCGCAGUUAGAUGAGGAAAUAGCGGAGGAAUUCCCGACACUGAGGACACGAAAGGGGAAGAACCAACCCUCGGUCCCAAUAGAAUCGGACGAGACGAGUGAGGCCCUCCUACCUCCGGUGUAUAGGCCGGUGCUACGAGGUGUGCAAAAGAGGAUAGAGGACAGGCCGCGAGUUCGCACGAGCGUAGAUAACACUGGUAGGAUCGUGAUGAGUGCGAAUGAAGGGACUCGAGAGGAAAAACGAAUCACGAGUAGAGUGGUAAGAGUAAACGAAACACGCGCGAGGGACAGCUCCUUAUCCCCAGCCAGAGAGUAUCCGAGGGAAAGUGAGGGAUGGACGAAAACUAAAAGCAGGAGGGCACAAAAAAGGGCUAGGAGAAAAGAGAGGGAGAAAAUAGAUCCAGGGAAAGAUGUCCAGCGGGAAGUGGCGCCGGAAAGAGCAGCCGGACCUAGGAGGGACAGGAACCCAGAUAGGACAAUGGAAGCAGCAAUCAGAAGAGCACCAGAAGGAGGAAGAAAUGGGGGAGCCAUAGCCCGGAAUAUGAAUAAAGUACCGGCACGACCAGCAGCGAGAGAUCCGCGUUUCCGAGCACACAGGACCGCAGCAGUCCUGCUAAGAUGCGAGGAAGCAGGGGGAAACUCCGCGCCGACAUAUGCGGAUGUUAUGAGAAUGGCAAGAAAUAAGAUAUCUCUGGAUGAACUAGAGAUAUCUAAUACUCGAAUACGUAAGGCCCAGGCAGGGGGAUUAUUGAUCGAAAUCCCGGGCGGAGAGGAGGCUAGUGCGAAGGCGGAAGCGCUCGUCGGCCGGCUGAAAACAGUAAUAGCUGGGAGUGAAUUUGAGAAAAGCGUAAGCGUUAUACGCCCGGUACAGAGAGCGGAGGUAAGACUGAUCGAUGUGGAUCAGUCGGCCACGGUAGAAGAAAUAGUAGAGGCGGUGUCCAAAAGUGGAAAAGUGCCUGCUACAAGUGUUAGAGCGGGUCCAUUGAGACAGGGCAGGGGCGGUUUGUGCACCGUGUGGGUUCAGUGUCCGUUAGCGGGAGCAAACCUAAUGCUCAGCAGCGGGAAAAUAAGAGUUGGCUGGACUAUGGCAAAGGUGGUCCCACUGGCAAAGAGGAGGCUGCAAUGCUUCCGGUGCCUCGCGGUGGGACACACCAGAGCCAACUGUCUGAGUAUCGUGGACAGAUCGUCGUGGUGCUUUCAGUGCGGGGGAAGCGAUGGCCAUAGGGCAUUCGGGUGUAGAGCCUCGCCGAGAUGCCCAGUGUGCGCCGCGAGAGGCAUGAACGCGAAUCACAGAGCGGGAUCGACGUCGUGCGUGCCGUACAACGGGAGAGGGCAAACACCGCGAAGUGAAGAAUUAAACGCGGUAGGAACGGAGAAAGCGAGUGAGGGGGCCGAUCGGGGGGCCCAGGCUUCAGGAUCGAGGCCCUCACAGGACCAUAUAGGAAAGAUAUCCGAUGAAUUGGACGUCGGACUGGUCGCCGUGGCGGAACCCGCUCGAAUACCAGACAGCGACAAAUGGUUCGCUUCUACGGGCGAGCCACCGUCCACGGCGAUAACGUGGCAAUAG